CUGACAGGGGGUGGGUAAACAGACAGGUAUAUAGCCCCUUCCUCUCCAGCCAGGGCAGGCACAGACACCAAGGACAGAGACGCUGACUAGGCCGCCUUCCCCACUGUUACCAACAUGAAGCUGCUCGCAGCAACUGUGCUGCUCCUCACCAUCUGCAGCCUUGAAGGAGCUUUGGUUCGGAGACAGGCAAAGGAGCCAUGUGUGGACAACCUGGUUUCUCAGUACUUCCAGACCGUGACUGACUAUGGCAAGGACCUGAUGGAGAAGGUCAAGAGCCCAGAGCUUCAGGCCGAGGCCAAGUCUUACUUUGAAAAGUCAAAGGAGCAGCUGACACCCCUGAUCAAGAAGGCUGGAACGGAACUGGUUAACUUCUUGAGCUAUUUCAUGGAACUUGGAACACAGCCUGCCACCCAGUGAAGUGUCCAGACCAUUGUCUUCCAACCCCAGCUGGCCUCUAGAACACCCACUGGCCAGGCCUAGAGCUCCUGUCCCUACCCACUCUUUGCUACAAUAAAUGCUGAAUGAAUCCA